CGAUAACUAGCUACUUUGUAUAGACGUGACAACCCUAUUACUCAAGCCGUUGUUGUUCUUUUAAUUAAGCCAAUAUUAUUUAAAAAAGAAUAAUGGUCGUGCUAGAAUCCUGCUGGUCACCUAUCAUCUGGUCUGAUAAUGUACGGACUGGAAGUUACGCCGUGGCCGGCUAUACAGCAGCGCUUUCCGCCGUGAUGAUCACGUUGAUUUCUUAUAUGCUUGCGGGCGGGGAGUCUGCGCAGCUCUAUUCUCCGCUUUUUGAAACAGAUAUCCGCACAUCGAUGCCAAUUGCAGGGGGAUUCUUCAUUAUCUACUUUCUGCUGAUCAUCUUGGCCUCGUACUUGGUCUACUACGGAAUUAAGAUCAGCACUCGUGGGUGGCUGCUGCCAUGGUUGGGUCUCAUCGGACUGGCCAUCCUCUUCCAGUUUUGUUGGAGUCUGUGGCUUAUUGGAGGCUAUUACAUUUAUCUGGAGCAAACCUUCUCUGCUCUUUUAAACUUUGUAUGGGUUGCCUACAAUAUAUAUUGCUGGCUCGUGGUCUUCUCGCAAUACCAGAUCUUCUUGAAAAUCCAGAAUCCCAACAUUGAGCUGCUGAUGCCAUGAUGGAAGCCAUUCCAAUAACAAGCUCGAAUAAUCAACUAGAAUACUUCCGAAUCAAUAUGCAACUUCGACCGUCCAAGCGCAUUUUUACAAUAAGAACUCCAUUCAUAUCCACAGAUGCCUACCAAAUAGUUUUAUAUAAAUUUAUAUAUUUUACACACCUUUAUACACGAUUAAUUAUACAAAUGUAUAAAAUCGAAUGCCUUAGUCUGCUAAACGACAAUUAAAGAAAUAGAUUCGUACAA